UUGCUUUGCUGUCAAACUUGUGUCAAACUGUCAAGGGCUAUUAUUUACAAUCACAUAUGUGUAUGGAAAUAUGAUUCAUAUUUACUUGUAAAUUGAUGAGAAAAUAAGAAACGAUUUUAAAAGGGAUAACGAAAUCUUAAACAAUGAAUUCUGCUACACCAGGUGUGCCCCAGGUGCCGCUAUUGGACGACGAUACCAUCGCUUUUGGGGAAGAAGACAAUGCAAAUAAGCAGUUUGUUCAUCCCUACAUAGUGUUCUUCCACCUGAUAUUCAGAAGUUCGGCGAUAGCGGUGUACGUACUGUGCAGCUUGUUCACCGACUCCUUCAUUGCAAGCUUUGUUCUGGUGAUUCUACUCUUGUCUGCAGACUUUUGGACUGUCAAAAACAUUAGUGGUCGACUCUUGGUCGGGCUGAGAUGGUGGAACUAUGUGGAUGAUGAUGGCAAAUCUCAUUGGGUCUUUGAAUCACGACAGAACCGUGUGAAUCGCAACGAGAGCCGCUUGUUCUGGCUGGGGCUCAUCCUCUGCCCCAUGAUGUGGUCCGGCUUCUUCGUUAUCUGUCUCUUUGGACUUAAAUUUAAAUGGAUGCUGCUGGUGCUGAUAGCGCUGACGCUGACGGGGUCCAACCUGUACGGGUACGUGAAGUGCAACUUCGGCGCCAAGGAGAACCUGCAAACGGCCACCAAGGACUUCCUCAAGCAGCAGCUGCUGCGGAACGCCUCCUCCUUCAUGUUCCCCCCCGCCGCGCCCCCCACCACCGCCAACACCGGCGUCGUGUAGACACCGCACCAUACACUGCACCACUCAUAUGCUGUUUGUGUGAAAUGUAGUCCAAAUAGUGUUAUCUAAUAAUUAUUAUAUCUUUUAGGCAAUUUAAUCAAACAUUAAAACAAGGAAAUGUGUCUUUGUCGUUGCAUUUUGUCAAUAUAUUGUAAUUUAAGGUUUUUAACUUUUAUAUUUGAUAUAAUCACCAUAGCAUCAAUUGUACAAGUCAACUCAACAGGAACAUGCUAAAAACAAUCUUACAAUAGUUUCUUCCUAUUGUUUUUUGAUUCAAUGUUCUUAUAUAUUUAAAAAAAAUGUGAAUUUGUUAACUUCUUGUAACCAGUCGAUGGUAAAAGUUAAUUAGUUAAUGACUAAGGAACAUUUUGAAUAUAAAUUAAAUAGCCUGUUUGAUUCUCAAGAUUCUGCGUCGUAAAGGAACUCUUGCCGCUAACGAUUGAACAAAAUUCAAUUUAGUGUUAAAAGGAAGCAUUGAGCGAUAUUUAAAAAAAUACUUAACUUCCCAUCUACAUUUGUAUAUAUUCAUUGGUAUUUCUUAAAACUAUUAUAAACAUUCCUUAAUAUUUAUAAAGAUUUUAGUUUUAAAACUGCAAUGCAUUAUGUCAAAAUACAGAAUAAUCAUAGUCUC